ACGCUCUCCUUUCCAGCUUCGUUUUAUUUAUUUAACAGCAAUGGCGGAAUCAAAGACAAAAAUGGCAGAAAUAAGGGAAUGGAUCGUUGAACACAAGCUUCGUACCGUUGGUUGUUUAUGGCUGAGUGGGAUCUCUGGUUCAAUCGCCUAUAACUGGUCCAAACCUGGUAUGAAAACCAGUGUCCGAAUCAUCCACGCCAGGCUGCACGCUCAGGCUCUGACCUUAGCCGCUCUAGCUGGAGCAGCUGUUGUUGAGUACUACGAUCACAAAACCGGAGCUACCGAUCGCUACCCCAAAUUUCUCAAGCCCGACAACUUGACCAAAGACUAAAAAAGCUCUUUUAUCAUUGCUCAUUCUCUUAUUAUAGGCAUUUCAUAGCUACUAGUGACAUUUUUUCAUGUUUCUUAAAUCCUUGUUUUUGGUGCUUUCGAAAUGAAUUCAUUCUUGUUUAUAUAAUCCCCAAGACUUGGGAUUGUUUGCAGUAUACGGGAUUCGGAAAUGUAAGACGUACUUUCAGAAAAUU